GGUUUCGGACCAAAGCAAAUAGGUUUUUAUAGCGCUAGUUCUUUUCGCUUGGGGCAUUAGGGUUUUUGUGAGGUUUGGUUGAGCACUUCUCUCUCUCACUCUCUCCAUGGAUCUUUCAGACCUUAAUUCCGCUGAUUUGCAGAAAUUCUACUCUGAAGAACAACAAAGAGCCAUGGUUAAUGAAAUGGUGGCAAAGCUAACGAGUGAAUGCUGGGACAAAUGCAUCACGGGUACACCUGGGAAUAAAUUCAGUUCCAGUGAAUCUAAUUGUCUUUCAAACUGUGCACAACGUUACUUGGAGAUGAGCAUGCUUAUCAUGAAAAGGUUUCAGGGUAUGCAAUGAAGAUCAAGGCUAUCAAUGUGCUUGUCAGUUGACAAAUGUAAUAUUGAGUUCCUCUUUUGCAUGAUCAUCAAUAUUGGAAUCAUCUUAUUUGGUAACUUUUUUUUCCUUUGGAUUAAAAUAUAUUUGUUGAGACUGUUGGUUCAAAAUAUUUAGUUUGCUUUUUGGUGUUCCUGAAAUUUAGAGAGAAAUAAAGCUGUUCGUAUGGUUAUGGCGGAUGACUUAUGGCUUAUGUGACUGAAAUCUUUAGCGGUCUGCUUUCAAAUUGUCAGUCAAGCAACCAAAACAGAUAAUCAUAUGGGAAAACGUAGUUAUUUGUAAACGAACAAUGUCUCAUUUCCCCCUAAUAAUUUAUACAUGUAUAUGCUUUUUAAA